UAACCGAGCCGAGCACCCGAAACUCGAGCUUGCCGAGUUGUUUUGCCGAAUCAGUACUUUCUGCUUAUGAAACGUGAAUGCUGUGUUUUUUAAAUUUAAGUAAGUUUGAUGAUAUUUUAUCUAGAAUUAAAUAUUAAUAUCAGCAAAAUACAAGUGAACAUUAGCGCUGGCAAAUGGAUAAAGCUGUCAGUUUACCGAAUCAACCUGAGAAAUCAUGCACAGCCACGUUGGUGGAAUCCAGCAGCAAUCCAAAUGGCCUGGAGCUGGUGAGCUCGUAUCACACCAACCGAGUAGGAGACCCCAUGGACCUGGUCGCUCUGGCUCAGCAGGUUCAGAAGGGAGACGAAUUCGUCCGAGCGAACGCUUGCAACAGGCUCACCGUCAUCGCUGAGCAAAUACGAUACUUGCAGGAGCAAGCUAGAAAGGUGUUAGAGGAGGCUAAGAGGGAUGCUGACCUGCACCACGCAGCCUGCAAUGUGGUAAAGAAGCCUGGAAACAUGUACUACCUGUACGUGCGUGACUCUGGCCAGCGCUACUUCUCUAUACUCUCCCCUAAGGAAUGGGGUUCUAGUCAUCCACACAAGUUCCUCGGGGCUUACAAGCUGGAGUAUGACAUGUCCUGGACUCCGCUGGAAGAUGUUGAGAAACGGGAGGCUGAAAUCAGCGUCAUGGACAAACUCCUGAACAGUCAAACAGCUCUUCCAAGCAGCAAGGGACCAAACUUCGAUGGUCUUCCAAACUGACCAGACUUUGUGUGUGUGUGUGUGUGCAGGCUCAACAUAACCUGAUAUAAAAAUAAAUUAAUUAAUUAAGAUUAAUUUAAACACACAAGAAAUGAUGAUGAGCAUAUAUGGGCAGAGUCUCGUCAUCUGUUUCUGCACUAAAACCUACAGAUUAUUAUAAUCAGACAUUCUAUUUUGAAUAUUUAAAUUAGUCUGAAGUGUUAAGGGGAUCAUUUAUACUGUGGCAAGGAAGGAAGCCAUUUUGGUUUUCUUAGAUAUGACUGGGAUAGAUUUGGGUGUGGGAAUGUGAAGUGCUGUGGAGUACUCGGGUUCUGAUUGGUCAGAAAGGCUUUUCACACUGUGCUUAACCCGGCUUUUACCCCCGGGGAAGAGGAACAUUUCACAUGUGUAAUUUAGAAGCAGGGUUGUGAAAGACGGCAUUUCCUCUGGGUUAUGAAUCUCUGCUCUUUGCUAUUUUACAAUGUUAACUCCACAUCCCGUAGCCAUGAGGUGUUAGAAUGUUAUGGCUUGUUGCAUAGCAACAGACACCCAAUCAGAAAGGUGAAGACCAGAACGUCAUGGAAGUGCAUGUGCAUUGUAGCGAGGGGUAAGUACGUGACGCUGAAGGAAGUUGGAUAUCACCGAACAAACGACUAGUCAACUUCGUGACAAAGAUAACAAAACCUGCUCAGGUACAGAGCAGCAGAACUGAAUUAUUUUUGAUGUUCUAAAUAUGCAAAGAAGAUGGAGGUUAAUUCAGGUCUUAGGAUUGACAGUAUGAACACUGUGAAACCUCACACAACAUAACCCAGGAUUCCCUGUACAUGGGGUUUACUAGGACCCAGGGGAAACAUUUCACAUGCCUUAGAAAGUUUUAAAAUUGGGGUUGUAAUUUCAAGGGAAUUGUGUGAAAUGUUCUGUAAGGAGAUGUUUAUUCCAUAUUUUCUGGAAGAAGCCUCUAGUGUUAGAGCUUUGUAAGCAUGUGGUCAUUAUAUGUCUUAAUUUGUUUGAUCUGCCU